UAAUAAUUUGCUUCUAAACAUUCAUUCCAUUCAAUUUGAACCAACUAAACAAACCUAACCAUGUUCAAGACAAUCUUAAUUUUAGCCACUUUGGCUUGUGCUUUUGCCACCGAAGUUGACUUCAAAUCUGAGUUCAACAAAUUCAAGGCCACACACAAUAAGCUUUACACUUCUGAAAAAGAAGAGGCUCAACGACUCAAGAUCUUCACCUCCAACUUACGAAAAAUCAACGGUCACAAUGAACGCCACGCCAGAGGAAUGGAAAGCUACCAAAUGGGUGUAAAUGCCUACACUGACUUGACUUUCAAGGAAUUUUCAGAAAAACUUUUAGGUUACAAAGCAAAUCAUGACCGAGUUGCUCCAUUGGUCCACAAUAACAGCACAGUUGACGGUUUACCCGAUUCAGUUGAUUGGCGUACAAAGGGCAUCGUAAACCCAAUUAAAGAUCAAGCUCAAUGCGGUUCUUGUUGGGCCUUUUCUACCAUUGCCUCUGUUGAAGGUGCUUGGGCUCAAGCCAAAGGUAAACUCGUCUCCUUGUCUGAACAAAACUUGAUGGACUGUUCAUACGAUGAGGGAAACCAAGGCUGCAAUGGAGGUUUACCCGACAAUGCCUUCGAGUACAUCAUCAAGAAUGGUGGAGUUGACACUGAAGAUUCUUACGGUUACUCUGCAGUUUCAAGUAAUGCCUGUAAAUACUCAAAGGCCAAUGAAGGCGCAACCAUUUCAAAGUAUGUCGAUAUCCCAUCCAGAGAUGAAAAGGCACUUAAAAAUGCUGUCGCUGAACGAGUUGUUUCCGUUGCUAUUCAUGUCGGUGAUUCCUUCCAACAUUACAAAUCUGGAAUCUAUAACGAUAAAUUCUGCCCUGGAUUUAGCUUCUUCUUAAACCAUGCAGUCAAUGUUGUCGGUUAUGGAACUGACCACUGGAUUGUGCGUAACUCAUGGGGAACCACUUGGGGUGAAGCCGGUUAUGCUCGAUUCGCUAUCAACAAGAACCUCUGCGGUAUUGCUACUAAAGCUAGUUAUCCAUUGGUUUAAAUUUACCCAGAAAUGAAAUGAAAUUUUCAGUUUUUUACAAUUUAUUGGUUCAAGGAAGGCUUAAUUGUAGCUUACUAUUAAAAAUGUAAACUCAAAGUACUAAAUAAACUGAUAUUCAUUGUAAAUGCUUA